CUGAGCCUCCCAAACCAGCAGAAGUCAAGCCUGAGCCUCCCAAACCAGCAGAGGUCAAGCCUGAGCCUCCCAAACCAGCAGAAGUCAAGCCUGAGCCUCCCAAACCAGCAGAGGUCAAGCCUGAGCCUCCCGAACCAGCAGAGGUAUCGAAGCAGGAACCUCCUAAACCCCAAGUACAGACCAGGGCCCCUCUUGCGAAGCUCGCUGCUCCAGCACCUCACAAAAUGCAGGAACCAACAACUCCGUUCACUCCAGGCGGAACGCCCAAGCCUGUCUUCACUAAGACCCUCAAGGGUGAUGUUGUAGAACCCGGUGAUGGCGUGACCUUCGUGUGUGAGGUCGCCCACCCCGCGCCCUACUUCAUCACUUGGCUCAAGGACUCCAAGCCGUUGGACGACAAGCUGGCCGACCGGGUCCAGCAGACAGACACAGGAGCCAAGCAUGCCCUCAAGAUGACCGACGAAGGCUGCAAGCAUACACUUCAGGUGCUCAACUGCCGCGUCGAGGAUUCGGGCAUCUACACGGCCAAGGCGACGGACGAGAACGGCGUUUGGUCCACGUGCUCAGCCCAGCUCCUCGUCCAAGAGCUGACGGAGGAAGAGCGCGCCCGACGCAUCGCCGAGAAAUCUCCGUUCUUCAUGGUCCGCAUGAAGCCGACGCAGGUGAUCGAGAACACUAACCUGUCCUACACCAUCCACGUCAAGGGCGACCCCAUGCCCAAUGUAACCUUCUUCAAGGACGACAAGGAGCUGAAGGAGGACGCGCGCGUCACCAUCCACCGCGACGCCGCCAUCGGCCACUACGAGCUGCUCAUCACCCACGUGCAGCGCGAGGACGAGGGAACCUACAAGUGCGUUGCCACAAACAAGUUCGGGAAAGCCGAGUGCGAGGCCUCCAUGGCGGUGACCGAUGAGGAAAUGCUGUACGAAAGUCUCAGUGGAAAGGGAUCUCUGCUCGCGAAGGGAGAAAAGGCGGAGUUCAAGUGGUUCCGCGACGGAGUUGAAUUCGACCCUCACGAGAGGUUCAAUGUUAUGUUCAAGGACGACGAGGACACCCUGGCGCUGGUGUUCCAGAACGUGACUCCCGAGGACGCCGGUCUCUACACCUGCGUUGCGUCCACCUCCUGCGGCAAGAUCUCCUGCUCUGCCGAGCUCACUGUGGAAGGUUCCAUUAACCGUCUGCAGCGCGACCCAGAACCACCAAACUUCAAGGAAGAACUCACUGAUACUCAGGUCAAUGUUGGAGGAUCAGCCAUGUUGGAGUGCAGGAUUGGCGGAUACCCCAAGCCUGAACUCGCAUGGACCCGCAAUGGCCUGGACGUUAAAGCUGGCGGAAGGAUCAAGUUCCUCUGGGAAGACGAGGAAAGCGUCGCCCUCAUCAUCAAGAACUGCGAGGAGAAGGACGCUGGGCUCUACCGCGUCAUCGCCAAGAACGAGCUCGGAGAAGUCAGCUGCUCCGCCAAGCUGGGAAUCAAGGCCGGACCGAAGAUUGUGAGCAUGAAGAAGGAGGUCGCGUGCGUCGUUGGCCAGAAACUCGACUACCGCGUCGAGGUUGAGGGCGAGCCCACGCCCGAAAUCCGGUGGUUGAAGGAUGGCAAGCAGCUCAUGGAAAGCGAUCACAUUAAGUUCACGAAGGAGUCUGACACGGUGUUUGUCUUCAAGAUCGACAGCAUGCAGAUGGACGACUGCUGUACAUACACAGUCGUGGCCAGCAACCCCAUGGGCCAGGUGUCCGAGUUCUUCACCAUUGCCACAGACGCGGCUCCUCAGAUUACCCGCGGCCUCGACCCAGAGAUCGAGAAGCGAUACACCUACGACAUCGCCCUUGAAGUCCGCGGUACUGGCAGCCCCAAGCCCAUGGCCAGGUGGUACAAGAACGGGAAGGAGAUCAUGGCAGACGACAGGUUUAAGAUGGUCGUUGAUGAAUCCUUCUACAUUCUUAAGAUCCGCCGCUUGGAGAGGAAGGACAAGGGCACCUAUUGCUGCGAGCUUUCCAACUCGAGCGGAACUGCAAAGAGCGAGGGUGUGCUGUCGGUGCGAGCUCCCCCAGACUUCGUCACGCCGCUCAAAGAUGCGUGUGCCAAGGAGGGCGGGAAAGACGUCAAGAUGUUCGUCGAGUGGGAAGCCAACCCGAUGCCAACUGUCAAAUGGUUCUUCAAUGACAAACCCAUUCGCGACGACACCCCCGGUUACACCAUCCGUGGACAGGACACCAGCAUGGUGCUCACCAUCCACGAGGCGACGGAGGACGUCGUGGGCACGUACUCUGUCACGGCAACUAACGAGUACGGCGAGAGCGUCUGCAAGGCCAGGUUCCGUCUGCACGAAGCUCCUGUUGUUACAGAAGGUCUCAAGGACGCAGAAUUCCUUGAAGACAACAGUGCCAAGUUUACCUUCAAGGCGACGGGCGUUCCUACUCCCGAGAUCAAAUGGACGAAGGACGGCAAGAAGUGGAGCCCCGACAUGCAUCGCGUCAAGCUCAAGCAGGAAGGCGACGACACCUUCACGCUCUACUUCGACGAAGCCAAGACCGAGGACUCGGGCCAUUACGUGGCCACGAUCUCCAACGUCGAGGGCACUGUCAGCACCGAGGCCAGCAUCGUCGUCAAUACGCCGCCCCACAUCAAGGGCAGCAACUUCAGGGACGGCAAGACCUUCAUCGCCAUGCAUAAAUUUGUGCUGGAAGUGGAGGCCACCGCAGUGCCCGAGGCGGAGGCGACCUGGUACUUCAACGACAAGAUACUGUCCGUGGAGGAAGAUAGUGUCAAGUUCUCCUUCGAGGGCAACAAGUACACAAUGGAGAGGAUUGGCAGUGAUCCCGAGCACAGCGGACAGUACAAGUGUGUGCUAAAGAACAAGAUCAAGGAAGUUGAAGAGGUUGGACAGGUCACCGUCAUAGAGAAAGAGGCCCGAGUACGCCGCCCGCUCGAAGAUAUUUACGUCAAAGAGAACACAGAUGCCACACUCAAGUGCCAGAUCGUGGGAGACCCCAUCCCCAGCGUGGAGUGGCUUCGUAACGGAAAGCCUCUGCCGCCGUCGGAGCGUUACGAGGUCUCGGAGGAGCGCAUGAAGGGCUGGCACACGCUCGUCCUGAAGGAGGUUACCGAACAGGACAAAAGCACCUUCACCGUGAAGGGCAAGAACAAGCACGGCGAGUGUGAGACCUCGGCGCGCCUGGGUGUGCUGGUCCGGCCUCAGCCAGGAGAGCUUAACGAUGCUACCGUCGAUUAUGGCAAGGACCUUCUCCUCAAUGUUGCCAUCCAUGCGUUCCCGCCUCCCAAGAUGGUCUGGACCUUGGACGGCCGCGAACUGCAGGAGGGCGACCACUACGAGUACACAAGAGACGAGGAAAAGGAAGUUUACGGCCUCCUCGUCCACUCAGCUGUCUUGGAGGACGCCGGCAAGAUCACCUUCACCGCCUCCAACGCUGCAGGUUCCGAGUCCGGAUCCUGCACUGUCAAAGUACACACCGAGAAGCCCGCCAUUGUGGCCGAUUUGGAGGACUUGAGCUACUGCCUGGAGGAUGACGCCGUGUUCACGCUGCGCGCCUCGGGCCUUCCACUCCCCGACGUCGAGUGGAAGCUGCACGACAAGGUGGUCAAGGCGGACGAGCGCCACGUCUUCACCAACCCCGAACCGGGCGUCUACUGCAUGACCAUCAAGGACGUCUGCAUGAACGACUACGGCCCUGUGGCGGUUGUGGCUAAGAGUUUGGUAGGCGAGUGUGCGUCUGCCGCCAAGUUCUCGCAGAAGAAAAUACCGUGCGAGGUGGUUGAGGGCCUCGAGAACGUCACCAAGGGCGCCGAAGGGGAUGACGUCACUCUCACCGUCAAGAUUAGGGCUUCGCCGAGACCCAACUUUGUCUGGACGAAAGACAGCGACAUCUGCGAGGCCAGCGAGAAGAUCGUCAUCGAGAUGAAGAAGACGUCGUACUGCGAGGCGACCAUCUCCCUCACCCUGGUCGAGGCCUCUUCCAUCGACUCCGGCCAGUAUCGCCUCAAGUUCCAGAACGAGCUUAAUGAGGAGAGCACAGAGACCGCACUCAUCGUCAGGCCUGAGCGUAGGAAGCCCAAGAUCACCAAGCCACCCAAGGAACUGCAAGUCUUGGAGAGGAAACGAGGCAUUUUCCAAGCCAAGGUUACUGGAUUCCCCAAGCCCGAGGUCAAGUGGAUGAAGGAUGGACGGCAGAUAUACCCGACAGACAUCAUUGACACUGGUGUCACAGGAGACGGAUUCCAGUACCUUGAGUUCAAAACAGUUACUAUGGAGGACGUCGGCCAAUACACCAUCUUCGCUUCUAAUGAGGAGGGAACCGCUGAAGCCCACGCUGCCCUCAUCGUCGUUCCUCCUCCGUCGAAGCCCGAGUUCCUCCAGAGCUUGAAAGCCAGCAAGGUCAUUCUGGGAUACCCAGCCAGGAUGGAGGUUAAGCUUGGCGGAUACCCGAUGCCAGAAGUCCAGUGGUUGAAGGAUGGCCAGCCUCUCAACAUCGACGGGACGCACUACAAGCAGAUCGUGGAGCCCGACGGGACGGUGAUCCUGCAGAUCGACGCGGCCACCGAGGGCGACAUGGGAGAAAUCACGUGCGUUGCGAAGAACCCCGAGGGCGACUCUCAGUCCUCCGCCACACUCUCCGUCCUUGGCUUCAAGCGCGAGGACGGUCAGCCUGACGGACCUGCUGCCUUCACCGAAGGCCUCAAGGACAUGUGCUUCGACGAAGGUAUGGUGAUGCGCCUGCCCGUGGCCAUGAAGGGCGGCCCCGUACCCAACAUGAAGUGGUACAAGGACGGCCAGGAGAUCAAGCUGGACGACCGCUGCUUCUUCACCUACGACGGCGAUCGGACAUACCUUGAAAUCCGUCCUUGCAAGGGAUCCGAUUCGGGAAUGUACAAGUGCGUAAUCCAGAACAGCCAUGGAUCGGCUGAGACGGAGUGUGAAGUGUCCAUCAGGAAGUGCUACGAAGCUCCAUUCUUCACCAACACCUUCACUAGAAUGGAUAAGCUGCCUGGUAGUGAGGUUAAGAUGUCGGUGAGGUACGACGGCGUGCCCAAGCCCGAACUCUCCUGGUUCCACAACGGCGAGCCCAUCCUUCACGACGGCGACAAGUACCGCAUCAGGAAGGACGGCGAUGGCCAGACUCUCACGGUGAAGGAGCUCACCUACAGCGACUCUGGCGCCUGGAAGGUUGUCGCCAAGAACCGCGAGGGAGAAACUGAGCACGAGGCGGAACUCAACGUUUCGGAUGACGUGGAUCCUAACAGGCGCAUUGAGGCCCCUGUGUUCAUGAAGGUGAUUGGAGACCAAGAGCUCUUCGAGGGCUACAACGCUCUCUUUAAGGCCGUGGUGUCGGGCAAACCAGAGCCUGAGUUCAAGUGGCUCAAAAACGGAGGCACCAUCGUGGCAUCAAACCGCGUUAUUAUGGAGCGCGAUCCCGAGGGCCUCAUUCGUCUCACCAUUAAGAGGAUCACGCCCGAGGACGCCGGCCAGUACACCCUCAAGGUCUGGAACGAUUAUGGCGAGGCCUCCUGCCACGGCAAGCUCAUCUGCGAGACCCUGACCAGCAGGAAGAAGCGGCCUGUGGGCGACGAGUACAAGGGCUUCGACAGGAUCCGGCGCUCCGGUGUCCCUAUGCCGUUGCCCGAGAAGCCAAUGAUCAGCGCCCUGGCAGACCGCCGCCUUACGCUCUCCUGGAUGCCCCACCUCGCUGCGCCCCAGACUAUGCCCUGCACUUACCAGGUGGAGAUGUGCGAUGCGCCCGACGGCGACUGGUUCACGGUUAGGACAGGCAUUCGCGGCUGUAGUGUUGACAUCACCAACCUCAUGCCAAAGGGCGACUACAAGUUCCGCGUCCGCGUAGCCAACAAGUAUGGCGUGUCUGAGCCAUCUCCCUACGUCGCCACCCAGAGGUUCAAGCUGGAGUUGCCUGCCAUCCGCUACGAGCCGCAGAUGGACCCGAACUACGAGUACAAGGGCGAUGGCCCAUACGUUCCCGAGGGCUUCAGGAUUAGCCGCGACUCUCUGGGUAACUAUUUCGCUGCCCCAAGAUUCCUCCGCUUGCCGCACGACACGCAGUAUGGCUUGAAGGGUUUCAAUGCCAACAUCAAGUGGUAUGCGUACGGAUACCCGACUCCGAAAGUCAGGUUCCUGAAGAAUGGGCAACCGCUUGAGGUCGGAGACAAGACGCGUUUCAAAUACAGCCAGGAGGUCACGGGCGAGAUCUGCCUCUACAUCGAUAGGAUGACCGAGGCUGAUGUGGGCACCUACGAGUGCUUGGUCCGCAACGAACACGGAGAGUCUCGCCAGCGAAUCAAGAUGGACAUCUGCGAGUACCCGCGGGUAUUGGAGCCACUCGAAGAGAUCCACCUCAAGGCCAACUCCUCAGGAAAGAUUGCUUGCAGGAUCACAGGCUUCCCUCCGUGCCAAGUGCAGUGGUUCAGGGACUGGGAACCCAUUGCCUUCACUUACAAACUCAGGCCGGCGCAGUCGGACCCAGACUUGUAUUUCCUUCACAUCAGCGGAUGCCAAAUCAAGGAUUCUGGAUUAUACUCCGUGGCGGCUUCGAAUGUUGCGGGUACAGUUCACAGUUCUUGCAUGGUCCACGUUGAGGCUGACGACAUCGGCUUCUUCUGGAUGGGCCCAGGCUCCGGCCGCAGCGUGACCAUGAACAACCGCCGCGGACACUGGAGGACCACUACGACGUGGGGGACGAGUUAGGUCGCGGAACGCAGGGUGUCGUCUAUCACUGCGUGGA